AUGGCAGAUGUUAAUCUUUAUAUUGACUGGACGAACCACACUGGGAAGGGUAUUGUAGAAGAAGAAUUUGUGGAGUGUGUCGUGAAUUAUUUCUUAGAACAUUGUGCUCCUGGGGUGGCAAAGUCCAUAAUGUUGGAAGCAUAUCGUCUUGGCAUGGCAAAUGGGCAAUAUAUGUUUUUUAUCAUACAACUAUUUCAGUUCAGCAGUUAUGUGGAUAAUUUUUGGAAAUCAGAUUUGGCAGAUGGGAAAAAUGCAAUUACCUUCAAGGUAUAUGAGCCAGUAUUCCUGAUUACUCUGCAGUCAUACAGUGAAUACAAGUAUUACGCCUUUCUACAAGAAGCCUUCCAGCGAUCAAAAGGACCUCCCUUCUACAGUAAUUUGUCUUCAGUGACAGAGGUGAGCUCGGAUUCAGCUUAUCUUUAUGAUGUGGUAAUGCUGUUUGCUGUGGGUGUUCAAGAAAUGGUAGAAGCAGGGAUGGAUCCAUGUGAUGGAAGAACAUUUGUUAAGAAUUUGAAAGGUUUUGGCAAUUUUAUGGUAAGUCUAACUGGCUUGGUGGAUAUUGAUAGUUCUGGAAAAAGAUACUUGAACUAUUCAGUGUAUGACAUGCAAAAGUACGUCAAUGGCACAAAGUUUGUUCCUGUUCUACAAUAUGAUAGCUUUAGCAAAUUGCUCAGCUCAACUGAUGAUUUUGCUAACAUUGCACGGCCUGAUGGAAUUCCUAUUAAAGACCUCCCCGAGUGUGGGUUUUACAAUGAGGAUUGUCACGAAGGGCUCAAUAACUAUGUGUUGAUUUUAAUCAUCGUGAUUGUGGUCAUGGCGUUAACUGCAGCCCUUGUCAUUGGUUUCCUAAUGACAAACAAGCACAAAUCCCUGAAUCGACUUCAGGAUAUGUGGUGGAAAAUAAAUUAUGAAGAUAUUGUUUUCCUGAAGGAUAAUAAGAAACAUGCUGAAGAUGGAAGCAACGGAUCCAAAGGUAAUGUUUCAAGUCACCAGAAUGAUGGUGUUAAAGAUAAAAUGGAAAACAGAACUGUUUAUACCACAAUUGCCCUUUACCAGAUUGUAAAGGGUGAAUUAAAUCCAGAGAGAUUCUAUUCUUGUGCGGAAAAUAGCAUGUACGGGAAAACAAAAGGUUUUUACACAAGAGGAAAUAAUGUGACAGUUCUGAGCUUUGAAAGAAAAACAGCUCCGGAUAUGAGCAAGCGCUCAAUACUGCACGAAAUGCAAAUGUUUGUAUCUGGUUCCCUAGCUGCCUGCCACUUCAGCCUGAGUGAUGGUCUUCAAGAAAGAGCCUGGGCAGGCUGGCUUUCAGUAGCAGCAGUGCAACUGAGUCAGUUCACUCCUGACAUAAAAUGGGAUGCAUUAAUAAUUUCCCAGUUGCGAGAACUAAGGCAUGAAAAUCUAGUGAUGUUCUUUGGUGUGUGUAUUGAUGCAACAAGGGUGUUUAUCAUUACACAAUACUGCAAAAGAGGAAGUUUAAUGGAUAUCCUGAAAAACAUAGAUUUUGAACUUGACUGGAUUUUCAAGCUCUCACUUGCUUAUGAUAUUAUUAACGGGAUGAUAUUUUUACAUGACAGUCCACUGAAGUCUCAUGGUAACUUAAAGCCUAAAACCUGUCUAAUAGACAGCCAAAUGUAAGUCAAGAUAUCAAGAUUUGGACUCUGGGAGCUUCAAUAUGAAGCCAAAAGGAAAUUAGUCUUUGCUGAAGAUAUGGAUUAUACAGAUCUAUACUGGACUGCCCCAGAAUUAUUCCACUUUGAAGAAUGCCCAUACAAUGGGACCCAGAAAGGAGAUGUAUACAAUUUUGCCAUUAUUAUGAAAGAAUUGAUUUAUCAUGGGGAGGAAGGUCCAUUCCAUGAUUUUCAGAUGGGCCCAAAAGAAAUUAUCAGUAGACUCAUAAACCCUGUGAUGUUGCUGAGGCUGACACUGUCGGCUGAAAAAUGUAAUGAACAGAUAGUCUCUCUGCUGAAAACCUGUUGGGAUGAAAGUGCAGACAGAAGACCAAGCUUUCAUUCAAUCAAACUUAUAUUGCGAAGGGACAAUCCUGAAGGUCAUGGAAGCAUUCUGGAUGCUAUGGUGGAUAAACUGAAAAAAUAUGCUAAUCAAUUGGAAGAAGUGGUUGCAGAAAGGACACACCAACUCACACUGGAGAAGGGGAAAAUUGACCAGCUGCUGACCAAGCUGUUGCCAAGUUUCAUCGCCGAGCGACUCAUUCUAGGAAAGGCUGUGGAGCCGGAAUUCUUUGAAUCGGUUACCAUCUUCUUCUCAGACAUUGUUGGCUUCACGAAGCUUUGCUCCAUCAACACACCUCUGCAGGUUGUGGAUAUGCUCAAUGACCUGUACAGCUUAUUUGAUGACAUUAUCAAGUCUUAUGAUGUGUACAAGGUUGAAACAAUAGGAGAUGCCUACAUGGUAGCAAGUGGACUUCCGAUACGCAAUGGAAUGCAGCAUGCUGGGGAAAUUGCUACAAUGUCUUUGCAUUUUCUCAGCUCCAUUGCAGCCUUUAAGAUAAGACACAUUAACAAUGUACAACUGCAACUUCGCGUAGGUCUCAAUACAGGCCCAGUGGUUGCUGGUGUUGUUGGAAUAAUUAUGCCUAGAUACUGUCUCUUUGGAGAUACUGUCAACGUAGCAUCAAGGAUGGAAAGCAACAGUUUACGUAAGUAUUUGUUUCUUCCACCUUACACGUCGCAAAGCACAGUUGAUGUACUGAGGGGACUUGGAGGAUAUGAAAUAGUGGAGAGAGGGACAAUAAAAGUGAAGGGAAAGGGAAAGCAAGCAACAUACUGGCUUAAAAACAAAGAGGGAUUUAACAUGCCUUUACUAAAAUUUGAAUUUAAUAUGGAAGACGGUUGUAAUGGCUCAAUGGAUGAGGCAGAACUGGAUUAA